GUUUGUGGCUGCAUGCGCUGGGAUUUGGGUUCCAUAAAGUGGGAUUUGGGGCUCCAUACAGCGAGGGUCCACCACUUUGGGGUCCGCCAAGUGUGAUUUAGGGCUGUGUUCAUUGAGGUUUGGGGCUUCAUGCUGUGGGACUUGGGGUCCCAUACAGUGGGAUUUGGGCUCCAUGAAGUCAGAUCCAGGGUCCUAUAAGCAGAUAUGGGGUCCCAUAUAGUGAGAUUUGGGGCUCCAUGCGGUGGGAUUUGGGCUCCUUUGGCUUUGGGCCCCCUGUGAAGCUGUGGGGUCCCCCAGGUAACAUCAACAUCUGCCUGAUGGGGGACCCUGGAGUGGCCAAAUCCCAACUGCUGACCUACAUCGACCGCCUGGCGCCGCGCAGCCAAUACACCACGGGCCGCGGCUCCUCCGGCGUGGGGCUGACGGCGGCGGUGCUGCGGGACCCGGUGAGCGGGGAGCUGGCGCUGGAGGGCGGCGCGUUGGUGCUGGCGGACCGCGGCAUCUGCUGCAUCGACGAGUUCGACAAGAUGGCCGAGGCCGACCGCACGGCCAUUCACGAGGUGCUGGAGCAGCAGAGCGUCUCCAUCGCCAAGGCCGGCGUCCUGGCCACCCUCAACGCCCGCUGCGCCGUCCUGGCCGCCGCCAACCCGGCCUACGGGCGCUACGACGCGCGGCGCAGCCUGGAGCACAACCUGAGGCUGCCGGCGGCGCUGCUCUCCAGGUUUGAUCUGCUGUGGGUGCUGCAGGACCGGCCCGACAGGGAGCGAGACCUGCGCCUGGCCCAGCACGUCACCUACGUGCACCAGCACAGCCGCCAGCCGCCCUGCGCCUUCCAGCAGCUCAACAUGAAGCUCAUCAG